AUGCAUAAUUCUACCACCCACGGCUCGGUGAGACUUGGCCUUCCUUCGCUGGAGAUAUUCAAGUUUCCAAGUCAGCCUCAUAAAGUAGCACCGCAUCUCCGUGCUCCACCCUCGAAUAUGCACGAGCCAAAGAUUUUCUACUUUUUUGAUAUCACCCCUGACAUCUUUCAUACCGUGGUAGAUCUGAGAUUCGUUCUCACUUUCAUCCUCGCGUACGUUACAACGGUCUUGUUUUUGAACCAAUAUAACGCCAGCCGACAAUACAGGCCAUGGGCGAUCAGCAAGUCAAGUUUUUUCAAGGCAUUUGUCUUUGUGCAUAACUCCAUGCUGGCAAUCUUCUCUGCAUGGGUCAUUAUUGGAAUCAUACAUGGGGUCAUUGCUCACGGCCCUCGGGUAGAGCAACACAAUUUUUACGCUAGUAUGGUGGAGUUUAUGUGUCAAUCAGACACGGCCGCAUUUCAACUUUCAACGGAUGCAAAGAGCUUCGUAGACCAGGGAGCCAUGUACUUCGGCUGUGUCUUCUACCUGAGCAAAUACUACGAGGUCAUUGACACGUUGAUCAUUCUCAUGAAGGGAAAGAAAAGUUCAACUUUGCAAACAUAUCAUCAUGCUGGCGUGAUUCUGUGUGGAUGGUCAGCCGUAACUUAUGAAUCUCCUGUGGGUUUCGUCGGGGUGGCAUUGAAUGCAGUAGUUCAUACCUUGAUGUAUUCGUAUUUCGCCCUCCAGACGAUUGGAAUUCAGGUCUCAAUGAACAUCAAACGCUCUCUAACCGGUAUUCAAAUUGCCCAGUUUCUCGUGGGUAUGGUUUGGAGCCUCGCCUAUUUGUUUGUGGGCUAUACGGUUCCUUCGAGUGAAGCAAAAAAGCCUGUUGGUAAUCCUUUGACGCCAGCAAUUGGCUCUCAUGCCAGCUACGUUAAUUCUUCAGUUGGGUCCAGCGACACUAUGAUCCCCUGCCUGAGUGACAGCGGGGAGGCUACUCCCCUUUUUAUGACGAACCUAUAUGUUUUGCCGCUGAUUUAUCUCUUUGUGCAAUUCUUCACCCGAUCUUACAGGAAAGAGAAAAAGGUGAUCUAG